AUGUUGGCUCCAAAGACGUUGCCGCAUCUUCCGGCCAUUCCCGGUGCUUUGCGGCCGCCUGCGUGCGCGGUGGGCUUGCGCUUUUCCAGGUCGCCGUCUUUGAGUCUUCGGCCGAGGCAGAGUGUGCAGACGAGAGCGACCAGCAGACGCACUGCGAUGAAAGGUGGAUCAGGAGGCGCUCCCGAGAAGGAUUAUCACAAGAAGGAGCUGGCCCUGGAUGUCUUCUUCUUCUUUUCCGUGCAGGUGCUCUUCAGGUACCUGGGCUGCACCAACACUGCCACGUGCGCUCUGCCGCACGUGGUGACCGCCGCCCGGGUCUUCUUUGUGCUAUUCAACACCGUGCUCGUGGGCGUCUACGCGAGGCUUCUGGGCCGCGCCCGUCGGCGGACGCAGACGCCGGAUGUCGUCGAGGACAUUGCAAACAUGGAGGGCAAGCUGAAAAAGGCAUUGAUCAAGAUCGUCGUGCUGCUUCUGCUGCACGCCACCCUCGGCCUCAUGGCUCCUCUGGUGACCAGCUGUCUGAUCAGCACCGUGGCCUUCCCCUUCUGGUGGGACCGGAAGAAGUCCAUGCUCUUCAAGUAUGGGCUCUAG